UGCACCACACGCGCCACAGCAUCGUAACCCACUAUAGCACUAGCUUCAGCCACAUGUCGAACAACAACCAACAUCAACAAAACACCAAAUGCCAACAACGCAACCAUGGCGGCUUCGAUAGCGCGGGCGCGCAGGAAUAAAGUAUUCCGAUCUGUAUUUCAGACCGAAGUCGCCCAGCCUACGCCCAUUCUCGCCUCAACCGAUGCCGGCGAAGCAUUCGGCGUGCUCCCCCCGCGAAACGCGUCGUCACCGCGCCGUUCCAGCCGCCAAGCGAGCAACGACACCGUUACCGAUCAGGUGAAAUGGGAUCGCGCAUGGCAUGUGGUCACUACUCGUAUCCAGCUGCCAUCAUCAGUCACUGCUGAGGACUCCUUUGGCAGCCUGAUGCCGCAAUCGCAGGAUGACGACACGCUCUUCUACGAGGCGCUGCCCCUCAUCCUGGAGCCCGCGGGGCACGUGCCGCACGCUGCGCACACCGAAGAUGUCAUUGAGUGGCAUGCUCGGCAGGCCCGGCAGCAUUUUCUACACCAUGUCUUGCCGCUGCUUGCUGGGUGUGCCGAGCAGGCGGACGCAAAGCAAGUGGUGCGGACGACCCUGCAGACGCUCGAGGCGGCACAUCGACAGUAUCUGUACGGCCUGCUGCUCAUAGUCCGCGGCAUUCAAAAGGAACCGGUGGCGGAAAAAGCAGUGGCCUCGUUUAGGACCGACUUGAGCGCCAUUAUUGGCAACUCGUGGACGCCGAAGCUCGUCAAUGCCCUGCGAAUCGUCAUAGCCAACCAGCUCGUCGACAUACUUGGCCACGGCGAACAAUACAAAGCGAAUAAGCCUAGAACGGCGGUGCAAGAGAGACGUGUAAAGAUGGCGCGAGAGGAGCUUCUUAGCCUCUUGGACUCGAUGCAGAAUGUUGGCUUGACGGGCGAUAGGUUCCAGGUGCUCUUUGCUGAGCUAAUGGAUAGCUGUAUGUGUUCGUUUAUACAACUGAGCUAUGCCGGUGUGCUGGGCGUACAACAGGAUGACAAUAUGGACAGUGAUGCUAUUCCGUAUGGCUGCUUGGCGCACCUGUGCGAUUGGAUUGAGAAUCAGUAUAGCCGACUGGCUGUGGAAGUCUUUAGUCGCCUUGGCGGUACAGUUGCCUGGGCUGAUGUGGAAAAGUGGAGGGAGAUUGCAGUUGGUAGAUUGGCAACACUGCGAAUUCAAGAGCUCUUUGAUAUUGUGCUCCAAUGGCCUCACAGUAAAGGCGCACUCAACGACCUCAAGUCUGCUGUCACGACGCCCCAACGAAGGCUGGACUUGACAGAUACGUUCUCAGCAGCGCUGCAAAGGCGGCUGUUGCACCCCGGGCGCUCGACGCUGUAUAUCUUGCAGACAUACAUUUCCAUGAUUCGUGCGUUCCACCUCUUGGACCACUCCAAGGUCCUUCUCAACCGCGUCGUCCACGCCCUACAACUGUACCUGUGUCAACGAGACGACGCCGUGCGUAUUGUUGUGAAUGGACUGCUAUGCGAUAAGAAGCUUGCGUCCCCCGAGGCCCUAAAGUCGCAGUUGUCUGAAAUGGCGACCAUCUUGGAUGAAAGUCUCGAGCAAAAGCUGCUGCGUGAGGAGGAGGGUCACGAUUGGAGCGACAUGACGUGGGAGCCGGAUCCAGUCGAUGCUGGCGCAAACUAUAAGCGGCCUAAGAAUGAGGAUGUUAUUGGCACCAUUAUUAGCGCGCUAGGGUCAGAGGAUGUCUUUAUUAAAGAGUUCCAGGCCACCGUUGCGACACGGUUGCUAUCAAAGCACCCCGACUUCAACCAAGAGUUGAAGGUGUUGCACCUGCUCAAGAAACGCUUUGGCGAGCAGGCCGUCCAAAAUUGCGACGUCAUGUUCAAAGAUAUUUACGAUUCUAAGCGCAUCGGAUACACACUUCGAAAGGCGGUCCACGACGCUUCGCCUAACCCAAGCCCGAUUGCGUACAAGUACAAGAUUCUGUCACGACUCUUUUGGCCAAACCUGACUAAGGAUACGUUUAAAGUUCCGGAGCCUAUCGCCGAGCUGCAGGAACAGUAUGCCAAGGGCUUUGAGCAGCUCAAGUCGACGCGGAAGCUCAACUGGCUCAAUCAACUGGGUUCGGUGACGGUGCAGCUAGAUCUUGAGGACCGCUCUGUGGAAGUGGAGUGCAAAACAUAUGAAGCUACUGUCAUCUACGAGUUUCAAAAUGCCGAUGAGGAGAGUGGUGCCCCGGCGCAGCGCAACUUUAACGACAUUUGGCAGACGCUCAUGCUAGACGAGGAUCUUCUGGAAGAGGCGCUGGCAUUCUGGGUCUCCAAGCGUGUUCUCAGGGAUAUAGGCGACCAAAAUUACGAGGUCAUUGAGCGUCUGGGUGUCAAUGACCAAGAAGAUGCUGGUGAUGGCCCUGGCAAUGACGCCGGCGACGAUGGCGACGAUGAUGCACGCAUGGCUGACGGAGGCUCCGUGUCGCCCAAGAAGGCAGCGUUGGAUCCUGCCGAGCAAGAGAGGCGAAACGUCUACUGGCAAUUCAUUGUGGGCAUGCUUACCAACUCUGCGCCGGCGAUGCCUCUGGGCCAGAUUUUGAUGAUGAUGAAGAUGUUGAUUGCCGAUGGGUGCUCGUGGAGCAACGAGGAACUAGCCGAGUUUCUGGGGGAGAAGAUUGCCGAGGGCGAUCUUGAGCUUGUGGGAGGUAAAUACAAGCUUGUGAAGAAGUAGAGCAUAGCCAGACGAGGCUGGUGUCGAUCUCAUCAAAUCAUCAAGCUGUGAGUGUGAGCCACUGCAAGUUUCUUGGUUUGUCUAUGUGCUGGCGGCGAUUCCAAAUCGGCCAUGGCCCGAAGUAGACUGAGGCUGGCUGAGAAGCAUGAAGAAGUAUUAAAAAACAAGUGUCUGUACGAUUAGCAUUAGUUGGCGUUUUAUUUGGUAUGGAAAUUCAUCAUGAUUCACUUUGACAGAGUGGUUUUUCGCCAGAGUAUUUUGGGAGCUGGGGAAGCUGUGAGACCAGUGGUGAUGUAACACCUGAGUCAAGAUGCCUGGCGAUGUGUCUCUGGUUGGAGAGGGGCCACGAAUCGCGAGAAUUCCAGUUGCUUGUGCGCGGGUCCGUUAUUUCUUUUUUUUUCUGAGAUUUUCCUAUUUUUGGAGGUGAGAAUUAAAAAAAAAAUAGAUUGCGAAUCAAGAGAUUUAAUAUAAAAAUAAAGACAAUGCAUGAUGCAUGCAUGAAAGACUCGGUGCCGCUGGCCUGGAAAAGCAAGCAAUUAUUGCCUGUAAAGAAAAUUACAGCCAACUAACUGCAUGUGCUUACAGUACAGUACCUA